UCACACACAUUCUCCAUCAGCCACAUUGACGGGGAGCACGCAUCCCGACCGGAGACCGAUGCUGGAUGUGAGCUGUGGAGCAGAGUCUUCAUUGGCGCUGAACUCGGGAGAACGCACUGCUGCAUCUAGACAACUUGAAUCAAGAUGGACGUUUCACAGGAACGGAAACCAAAAAGGCCGCACUACAUUCCCCGACCGCCCGGGAAGCCCUUCAAGUACCAGUGCUUCCAGUGUCCCUUCACCUGCAACGAAAAGUCCCACCUCUUCAACCACAUGAAGUACAACUUGUGCAAAAACUCCAUCUCCCUGAUGUCGCAGAAAAACGGGCAAACAAGCCGGCAGAUCAAGACUAUGUCAAAGGAAGUUCACACAAAACCCAAGGAAGGUCCGGACAUGGCGGAGGCGGAUCAGAACAAAAAGCAGGAGAAGGUAGAAGAAGAGGAGAGCAGGGAAGACGGCAGAGAUAGUGUGGAAGAACUCGACGUCGAACAUGAAAGUCCAGUUAUUAAGAACGGCCAGAGGGGAACAAAACCAAGUACAGAGUCAGAGAACGACGAGACGAAGGAGUUGCCACGCCAAUCCGCCUUUUCCCCGGUCACGCCCAAAUGUGAUGGAGCAGAGGCUUCAAAGAUACCAGCCCAGCAGACAAAGGACCCACAAAGUCCAGCCAUCGGCUACCACACCUUUCCUUGGGACAGAAUUCCCCCAACAAUCGCCCUGAAGCCGCUAACUUCCCUCGUGGCUCAUGAAUAUCCAUCCUAUACGCUGAGAGAUCGAAUCUAUGAGUCCUACUGCGUCCCAGGAACACCCCACGCCAAUAACCCCAGCUCUGCUCCCAUACAGCCAGAGUUUUUAGACCCCCAAAGACAACCACCAAUUGUCCCGCCGCAUUCCUCCCCUUUCCCGCCUUACCAGUACAGAUAUUACAAUCUGCCCUCCACGCCCGCCCUGCACUACAACCUAUACAGACCCCACGACCUUCCCAUGCCGAUUCCACCACCCGGAUACCUUUCUUUGGAUUAUUACGGCCAAACGCUCGCCAAUAAGAAUUACGAGUACUACAUGCAUUCUUAUCCAAGUCACAACCCUCCCCUCGGUUCUGCAAAGGACGAGGACCGCCAAAGUGGGGUCAAAGCUCCCAGGCUGAGCCCCAUCGAGGGUUACUCGGCUUUGGGGUCCCCUGAUAAACCGAGUCAAGCAAACAUCUUUCAGAGAGAUGCACAGAAGCCCAAAGCGAACCCCCAGACCACCCUCCUGCACAGAAACACAAGCGUGGAAGCGAUGAAGAGAGACUCCAGACAAGACGAGUCGGCAGAAAGUUUGCUUCAAUUGAGAGCUCAGCCUACAGACAGAUGGUUGGUAGAGAGCGGCCGAUACGCCCAUCAGUCCGUUUCUGAGCCGUGUCCUGUUGCCUCGUCUGAACAAAAUGAAGACAGCAAAGACGAUAAUCCAGCUCCCCUCAACCUCUCGACACGAGCCAAGGACCAACGACCAGAACCUGAGUGCUCAUUGGAGCUCCCAUUGAACCUCAGUCUUCGGGUUUCUCACAGCAGCCCCGAACACACUCCGAGUGCCUCAGACUCCCCACACAAACCCAACGACGGCGAGGACGAAGAGCCAUGUGACCAGAGGCAGACUGCAGCUCUUGCACUAUGCCAGCUUGCCACCGCCAGCUCUGCAGCCUCUUCAAAUGAUUUUAAUAAAGCGCAAACAGCUUCACAGGAUCUCACAGAGGAGACGAGCACUCCUCCGACCAACAGGUCAGCCACCAGGGCGACGGGCGCCAAGAGGAGCCACGGCGCACAAGCAGACAGCAAACGCCACAAAACAAACAGGGGGGAGAAAACGCCGGGGCGGGCUCUGAGGAAAAGGCCUCGAUGCUGCUGAAGAGUGAUAGUAUCAAAGGACUUUGCAUAUGUAAAAUACAAAACGUACAUCCAUAAUAUUUCAUUACAAUAUAUACUCAAUGUUUACUGUAUAAAAGUGGUGCAUUUUGAUGAAAAUAAACUUAUUUAAAAGA